AUGCAUUCGACGAGUAUGCCCGAGGGAUCGUUGAGGGCCAAACAAUUCCCGAGAUCUUGGCGAUUCCUCUCUCCGCCUCCGCUUAUGCGUAUUGCUCGCUCGGCCGACAAGGAGUUGUCGCGAAGAGUGCUUCAUGCAGAUUGUAUUGGAUCUCAAGUGGUAAAUUUUAGGAUAGUCUUAUCUCUGAUCUUAAUAAAAUGCGAACUUCUUCGGCACACGUUGGCAUUUCAAGAUGAUCAAGUUUUAGUACAGGAUAGCUUAAAAGCACACUCUGGCUACUUCGAUCUCAACAAGUUACCACAACAAGAAAUGGAACACGAGUCAGUGAAUUCCAAUCAAGUGUUCAAACAUAUUGGACUAGAAACAAGCGGCCACCAAUCCAGCGCGUCUCGCGACGUGAACCUUCCGCAAGACGUUAUUAUCUCAAGACCACACCUAUCACACGACGUUCAAACACAGGACACACCACGUACCUCCAAUUUUAGAAUUCGUGACAAAUCAGUGAUAUCAUCAUCUCAGCCUCGUGAGAGCGACCUUCAAUCUGCCAUAAAAGAAAUUUGGAUAAAACUCAUAAACUUGUUACGGUUCACUCCAGAGAAUAAUAUGGAGACUAUUUUACAUUCAUCAGUCAAAGACCUACUGGAUCCACAAUAUCUCCUAGGGCUUCAAAUGUCCGUUAAAGAUAAUCUAGUCGGUCUGGAGAGGGUCUCUGAUGACAAGGUUGAAUAUGAUAUGAAAGUAAAGAUACGAAAUUUUCAGACUCUGACUCCGAUUGCUAUACCAGCAGCAGUUUCAUUAUUCUAUGCUAAUAGACUGCUUCAAAAGAUGGGUGAAUAUUUAAUGUACGAUGAAGCCUACAGAUCUGGUGCAUGGAUCAAAUUAUGGAACACAAGCACAAUCUUACCGUUUGUUUAUUUCAUAAUCAGUUGUAAUCCAUCAUACUACAUGUGGGAACGCAUCGAAAAUAUCGCCGUCAGUGCAUUCAAGGCUUAUGAUGAGCUUUACGUUCUUAAAAACUCGGCAUAUGAUAAAGAAGAUCUCACUCGAUUUCUUUUAUGGAAUACGGAAUUGAUGCAUUAUGCGGCAAGAUCAUCAGAUCUUAUAGAAUUGCCCACAGAGACUUACCAACCCCGAUACUUAUCAAGAACAAAAGCAUCACCUAUCUCUCGUAUUCUUGCUGCCCUUCUCAGAAAGCCAGAAUAUGAGCAAUACACCUCAAGUAAACUUCGUGUUUCCAGACGUGAACAUUUGACAAGAUAUAUACAACAAUGUUGGAAAUCAGAUUUGGAGAAAGGUUAUCCGAGAAAACGCGAUGGAUCUGAUUCAAAAAAUUCAUUGUGGGAUGAUUGGAUUUCAAAAUCAGAAGAAAUUGGGAAAACGUCGCAAAAAAUUUACUGGUCGUCUAUGCGAAAUGAUUUAAUUGGACGGGGAAACAACUCGCCAAUACUCCUAGUCAGAACAGCAGCAGAAUUAUUACCAAUUCCAAAAGAAUCAGAAUCAAAUCGAUUAUUUUCUCAUCAUUCUAAAGAAUUCAAGGAAAUGUUGGACAAUAUUCAAAACCCAAUAAGACCUAAAUUGAGAUUGAUGAAAAGAGAUCAAGAUAUAUUUCAUGGUUUGAGUUACUUUUUAAAAAAGCAUUCUAAACGAAACUUUCGCACCGAAGCAAAUACAUCAGAAAAUUCAUUGGAUUUAUUAUCCGAGUUCCUCGAACAAGAUCCGCAGAGUGCGAGAUUUGUUACUUUUUGGUCAGAAUUCAACAUCUAUAAAAAUGACCUUGUAUAUAGAAGGAAUGCAAGAUCAAAGGGAGAAGCAUCACGUAAUGCUGAUAACCCAAACAAAAAAAGGAGAGUUUCAAGAGAAAAAAACCUUUAG